GGCUCAGUGGAUUAGUCUUGGGGGGAGUGAUUGAAUGAACGCCGACGCUGACUCGCCACGUAACUCAUUGGAGUUGCGGCAGGAAGACCUUCCGAGUGGAGGGACUAUGGCGGAUGCCUUAUUGGAGAGGGAGAGAGAGUUCAAGCCUUUCGUAAGAUUCUAUGAUACGGCCACGUACAACGCGGUAAUUAGGGCGACAGUGAGUACGCAGACUGAUGAUGAGGGGACAGAAGAUAGGGAUACUGAUGGAUGGUUUAAUGGUGUUCCUCAAAGCCCUGUACGCCAGCCAAAGCGCCGGAGGUAUACUCCUCCUGUAGAGGCAUCUGAGGCGGUUGUCGCUUCCCCUCAGCAGCCUGAUGCCGAGGCAAGCACCAAUGAUGAGGAUGGUGAAGUGACGGUGUCACAACGAGAAGUGGCAGCUCAUGAGUACACAGAUGUUCUCGAGGAGGAGCUCAUCAUUGACGAGGCCGACCUGGUACCAGAAGACUCGACAGAGGAGUUCAUAGUGGUGCAGGAUGAUAUGGGGCGUGAUCGGCGAGUUCGUCCUGAUUCCGAGACUUAUAAACGAUAUCGUCGUAUAUCAGCCACACGGAGAGCUAAUGAGCAGGUCGCCGCCGAUUCGGAAGAGCAGUCGGCAGUGGUCACUACGGUUGUGGAGUCGCCACAGGAGAAGGGUGAGGAUCGGCCGGAAGCUCGACAGGCGGAGGCGGGUAGAGGCGUCAUAGCAUAUGAUGACCUUUGAGUUCUGAUGC